CCGAGCCCCGGGAGUUCCCAGCGGCCCAGGGUGCAUGCACCGGCAUCCCAGGCCAGGGGCGCCAGAUUCAAAAGCCGGUCGUCCAGGAGCCAAGGGGGAGAGACGGAGCCCCGCUUGGGUGGCAAGGUGGUCGGUGCGGUGAGCGGAGGACGCGGCGGGACCGGCAGCGGAGGAACCCCGCGGCCGGAGAGGCCGGGAGCCAUGGGCAGGAAGCGGCUUAUCACCGACUCCUUCCCGGUGGUGAAGAAGCAGCGGCAGGACCCGGACACCAAGUUGGGGAGCCUACAGCCAGAGGCUGCACCGGAUCCACCUGAUUCCCACCCGGGUGGCUCCCUGUACCCGGCCCCGCUGGAGAUGCUCAGACAGUUUGACCUCAGCUGGGAGUAUGGACCCUGCACUGGGAUCACCCGGCUGCAGCGCUGGGAGCGGGCCAAGUCCCUGGGGCUAAGUCCCCCUGUUGUGGUGCUGGAGACACUGCUGGAGCAUGAGGGAGACCCCAGCUUCACCCACUGCCUCUGGCAUGCCUACCCCCUCUGAGGGAGCACAGCUGCCCCAAUACUGAGAGGAAGAGAGAAUCAUGCUGUCAUCUGGACUCCAUGGCAUUUUCUCUGGUUUCUGAUUGGACAAUGGCUCUACACUCAGAUUAAAAGGGGCAUCCCUGGUGACUGGGGUAUUCAGGGCCUACACUGGCUGGGUAAACCCCAAGCCUAGACCAAGCUGAGCUUUUUUCCAUUAGCUGUUGAUGUUGCGAUGCGAGAUUAAAGGCUUGUUUGAGAA